GCGCCUGCGCCCUGCUGCUGUAAGGCCUCGCCCGGAGCUUCAACACCCGCUCCCAAACAGGUUUUCAAAGGUUGCUACGCUUCUCUCCCGCGCGAUGCAGUGAGCCAACCUUCUCUCUUGGGUUUCAGAAUGGCCGCAGCCCCUCAAGCACCAGGGAGGGGCUCUGUUCGGAAGACAAGACCAUUAACUGUCAAGACGUCCUUGAACAACCCAUACACCCUCUGCUGGAGUGCUCUGGAGAGCGAGGAUAUGCACUUCAUCUUACAGACACUUGAAGACAGAUUUAAAUCUCUUGGGCUUAAGAAGAUUGAAGAUAAGAAGAGAAAGAAAAAGCAGCUGUUUUUGAAAAAACAAAGCCGAGACAAUUGUAGCACAGAUGUUGAUGUGCGUGAGGAUCUGAAGAAGAAACCAGAAGACACCCUACAGGUGUCGGGGUGGACUCCUGUGCACGUCCGGGGGCAGCUCGCCAUUGGCGUGAAUGAAGUCACCAGGGCUCUGGAAAGGAACGAGCUGCUUUUAGUUCUGGUGUGUAAGUCCGUCAGGCCUGCCAUCAUCACCUCACACCUGAUUCCCUUAAGUUUAAGCAGAAUGGUUCCUGCUUGUCAGGUUCCUCGUCUCAGUGAGAGAAUCGCGCCUGUCCUUGGCUUAAAGUGUGUCCUGGCCUUGGGAUUCAGAAAGAACACCCCUGACUUCAUCAGUGAAGUGCAGGCUGUAAUCCCUCGAGUCCCCCAUUUAAAUGUACCAUGGCUUCAAGACAGACUUGAAGACUCCAGGGACAAUUCAGAGACCGAAUCUUUGGAAAGCCACGGCAGAGAGAUUCUGGAAACUUCCUUUGAAGACCUCUCUAAACAUAGAAAACGCGUUGAAGGUCAGCAGGCUGUGGUGUUACAACCCCUUAAAAUAAAGAAACUGAUUCCAAACCCUAAUAAAAAAAGGAAACCACCUAAAAGUAAAAAAACUACUUUAAAGUAGUCUUGUAUAAACUUAUCAUUUCAUACAAUUGGAAAAUGAUGCUUUGUAAAAAAGCCUUGAAACUAAUAAAAUGAGUUAACUUUUACAUAUAUUCUUGGGACAUUGUUUGGUGAUGUUCUUUUUAAAUGGGUAAGACUUUGUAUAGCACAGAUAUGCUGAAGCUUAAAAAUGCUUAAGUGCAGAAAAUAUUUAGAAGUAUGCAUAUCAAAAGUUUAUUGAAACUAAUGUCCAUGCUUGUAUAAGUUCAUUUUUUAAAAGGCUGGUACACUGCUUGUGAGCAAGAACACCUGAGUCCUAUAGCUCUUCCCAUCUUUCUAUCAAACUUGGAAAAUGCGCCACAGUUAUAUAGUUCUAGUUAGUAGGGUGGAUGAAACUGGAUGGCAGAUAUGUCAUCAGUGAAAGGAAAGAUAUUAAAUGCCAAGCAAUACAUUGUCUUCAGGAACAAACACAUCAUCAUUUUUCCUUCCUGUCUAUUUGACUUGGUAGUUAGGUGUACGUGUGGGCUUGGGAGAAAGGCGUGACAUUUACAGAAAAAGCCAAAUAAGGUCUUUUGACUAGUUAGAAUUCACCCCUUUUCAUGGUUAACUUACUUCUGUGGAAAUUUAACAUGUAUGAAAAGUAUGCUGGUAAUUAGGUGAAAUGAGGCAGAAGAGAAUAAAAAGGUAACUGAGGAGCUUGGACUCUUCAGAGGUGGGUCUGCAGUGAUGGGCACCUUUCAUGUUAGGAAAUGGAGCAUAAUCAGUGCUGUGUGUUCAAGUGUCUGCUCCUUACAGUGUGUGUUUGGAAAAGUUCCUUUCUCUAGUUGAGGGGAAGGGUUGCCAACGUUUAUUUUCAGCCUACCUUCUGGUUGACUCCCAGACUAUGCCAACUCCACUCAUUUAGAUUUUACUGAAUGCCAUCUUGGCAAAAUAGAAGAAGAAGGGAUACCUCAUGAAUUAACAUUUCCAAUGUUGACAAAGGAUACAGGACAAGUUUUUUUUGAAUAUAUAAGACUGCAUAUUACAUUGAAAUUUGGUUCUAAUUGCUACUUAAUAAACAAGCAGUUUUACUGAUUAUUUUAAAAUGUUCAUUGGCAAUCUGCUUAAAUUAUAGAGGAAAAUGUGCUAGUUAAUAACUUUUUAAAUGACAAAAAUAUGAAUGCUAUAACAAUUGGAAUUUUAUAAAUGAAUAAAUUAACAGUGCCACAGUUUCAUCAUGAGGUAAGCUCAUGACAAAAUUUCUGACUGGCAAUUCUGCAAUUACCUGAAAACCUACUUUGUAUGACUGUGCCAUAAAAAUGAAUGGAACAUUAAUCCCAACUAGCCUUGAUGCCAGAUUAAAUUAAAAUCUCAUUCAGUUAAUGCUGGUAUUUCAAAAAAAAAUGUUUCAGUGAAUUGGUUCAGUUUUGCUUCUCGGAGCCUUUCAUCUUCUGUGAAGAAAAAAUAGUAAUGCAACUAAGUUUGAAUCAUCCCAAAUUAAGAGGGCUUACUUUGUGUCUUCAAUAAAGUAAACAGCGCUGUCCUUAUUCUGCUCUAACUGUGGGCUCAUGUGCGCCCUCUACUGGUAAGUCAGGGACACCACAGCUGUGCACCGGACGUUAGUAUAACGGCAAGUGGCAGGAGUGGCUCUCGAGUUCCUUAGUGUGAAUCAGGCCCAACAAAUCUUGUCUGUAAAGGGCCAGAGAGCAAACAUGUUAGGCCUUUUGGUUGACACAGUCUCUAUCAAAACAUCUCAACUCUGCCCUUUGUAGCGUGAAGCCGCCACAGGCAAUACAUAAAUGAAUGAGUGGCUGUGUUCCAAUUGAAACUAUGGAUGCUGAAAUUUGAAUUUUGUAUAAUUUUCACAUGUCACAAAAUGUUAUUGUCCCCCAAUCACUCAAAAAUGUAAAAAACAUCUUUUGCUUGUGGGCUUUACAAAAACAGGCAGUGGGCUGGAUUUCGCUGAGGGGCCAGUUUGCUAGUUCCUGCCUGGUAUAAGAUAUAACUGGUUUCAUUUGACUACUCACAACGUGAAGGAAAAGCCAUCAUGUUGUCUAAACCAAUUAAAAUUUUCUGGAAC